AUGGUUAUCACUAGCACGGCAGGUGUUCUGUACAGCGUGCCAGUUAUCGUUUUUCGUGCUGUCGAUAUCGAGGCCGAUGGACCAGUUGUUAUCAGCAACGCAACAAUGCAGCGCGUUAUAGCAUUCGCUGCCUGGGAAGCAUCCAUUGUUCGUUUAAGCAGUUUGCAUGCUAGGUGUUGUGAUUGUUUCUACGGCUCGUGA